AUGGCUGAUGACGAAUGUGAGCACAUAUUUUCAAUGACUCACUCUCGAACACCAGAAGGGCGUUACAUGGUGCGCUUACCAAUACGACCUAACGCUGCACAACUAGGCGACUCUUACUACAGUGCUUUACGACAAUUUUAUCGCUUCGAGCGCCGGCUUGCCUCCGACAUACAAGUGCGUACACAAUAUAUGGGGUUUAUGAGGGAGUACAUCGACUUAGGGCAUAUAGAAGCUUUAGGUAUCGCCCAUGAUUCUCCUCGUGCAUAUUACAUCCCGCAUCACGCCGUGAUGGAGAAGUUGCGCGUCGUUUUUAAUGCCUCAGCGCCAACGUCAACCGGUGUUUCGCUUAAUGAUGUACAGCUGGUGGGUCCAACUAUUCAAGACUCGCUGAUGGAUAUUAUUUUCAGAUUUCGACGUUACGCAAUUGCUCUCAUGGCUGACGUUGAAAAGAUGUUUCGCCAGGUGUUAGUGGCACCGGAAGAUAGAGAUCUUCAACGGAUCUUAUGGCGCGAAUCACCCACCGAGGAAGUUACCAUAUAUCAGCUGAAAACGGUGACAUAUGGCAUGGCGUGCAGCACCGAAAAUGCGGUGCGAUCAUUGCGUCAGUGCGCAGUCGAUAACUACAGCUUGGUGAGUGAUCAUAAUCAGGUCGAUUCGACGCGCAGUGCCAUUCUUUCCUCCUUUUACGUCGAUAAUUUUCUCACAAGCUGUACUGCGGUUAGCGAGGCGGUUACUUUGGUGAAUAACGUGUCGACGAUUUUAUCGGCAGGUUGUUUCAAGCUUCGAAAGUGGAACUCAAACAGAGCCGCCGUACUCGAACAAAUUGGUGAAUCCGCCUCAGUAACUGAACGCACCAUUGAUACCCCCAUAGCUACAGUGCUAGGCCUGCGCUGGGAUCCCACAAGGGACGAGCUGUUGUUCAAGGUAUCUCUUAAGCACUCUGAUGGACUUUUGACGAAGCGGCGAGUUCUUAGUGAAGUAGCCCAGCUGUAUGAUCCCACUGGAUUUUUGGCGCCGGUCGUUAUAUCGGGCAAG